GAAGAAAGUUACCAGAUUUUUCCGUUACUCGCGCACGAUCGUUUCUCGUAUCCCCUCCAAGUAUUUGCACACAUCGAUUAUAAAACUUGCUGAGAGGUGAUCCAUAAGUACCUAUAAAAAUAAUAUAGUAAAGAUGCCGUAUUUUAAAGUUGAGACUAAUAUACCCAAUGACAAAAUACCUGAUGAUCUACCUGCAAAAUUAUGCAUUAUAAUUUCAAAAACAUUAGGAAAACCUAUAAAUUAUUGCUGUGCUACAGUUGUGGGAGGUGUGAAUAUGUCAUGGGGUGGUGACAAUGAACCUGCUGCCCAAGCGGUUUUGACGGGCUUGGCUGUUGAUGACAACAAAAAACACGCGAAAGUCUUGUUCGACUGUAUUUAUAAAUCUCUUGGAGUUCCUGUGGAUAGGAUGUAUAUCCAUUUCACGGAUGCAAAAACCAGCGAAGUCGGAUAUAAGGGAACAACAUUCCAAGAAUUAAUUGGAUGAUAAAUAACCAACGAGAUUACUCUGUUAUACGAUGCACUGCGCUUUAGUUAUAAUAUGAAGUAUGCACAAAAUGUAAAAAAAUAUUUCAAACAAUAAUUAUUUAAAAAUGUUAUUGUAUUAUCUAUUGAUUCUGCUAUGUAUAAAGUGUAUUAAAAAAAUACCUCAAAAUCUUACAAA